AUGGGAACGGAAUCCAAAGCAACAGGUAUACGCAGAAUUGCUCAGUAUAAUGUCGAUCUCGUUUGUGAUGAGGUCAAAUCUCGUCCUGUCAAAUCGUACGCGGGACACUUAACACACGAUGCGUUGCUGGCUACUUGUCGUCCAUCAAUGCUACACGCCGUGUACUACACGGCGGCACACUCCAAGCAUGGUAAAGAUCCCAUCUCCUUCCAAGUGUACUAG